AGAUUGUUGAUAGUUGAAAUAACAUAAACAUGCCGCCAAGCAGACGAUCCUCGAAACAGUCGAGCUCAGAAAAAUCAACAUCACCUGGAACGAAGAAGUCUAACGAUGCACAAUCUCAAUGGAUUAUGAUGGUUGAAGAUUGUGUGUUGGACGAUGAUGGUGGAAAUGAAGAAAGUCGGCCUGUCAUGUGCAAAUUGAGACACCCCAAAUCUGAUUCUGGCUGCCUGUUCUUGUUCGCCAAUGGAGGACGAGACGUGUAUGAAGCUAUACAAUAUAAAGAGGAAUUCAGAUCUUGGUUUAUUGGAGAUACAGUUCAACAUGACGGAGGGAUGCUGAUGCUGACGACGGUGGACCCGCUGUUCCUGGUGAUGCCGUACCUAUUGAAGGUGGGGCAGUCUGGGAAAUUCAUGACUUUGGACCAGAUUGUGAUUGAUGAGGAUUACCCAGAAUGCAACAGACUGCAUGGCUGCUCAGGAUUAAGUGAGCUGCAUCAGAUCACAGAGGUCAAAGGGGAUGAUGACUUCAGAGCCUACAGGUUCGACAAGGACAAAACUUUAUCAUGGCUGAAGCUAAAGACGGAGAUUGUGGCCGAUGUCCUCCAGCAGAAGGACGUCAGUGUCAGCUCCUCCGGUGCCCACAGUUCUAUAUUCAUCCGCAGCAAGAAGGAGGAAGCUGUCGACAAAGAUCAGUACAUCAAGUAUGCCUGUGGCAUGGUGUCAGACUAUCUUCCACCGCUCAUAGCCGAGGAUCUCAGAGACUACCUCGGAGUCGCAGACAUCCCUGACCCGAUCAAGAGUCCGUCAGAGGAACCGCCAGCCAAGAGGGUCAAGCUGGAAGACAUCGCUCCGAGUGAAGACUACAGCAAAACCCAUGGGGUCCAAAAACAAACCUCCAAGGAGACGAAGAUGACCGUGGCCCAGAAGAAGCUUAGCAAGGUCGACAAGUCCGGCAUGAAGAGCAUCUCAAGCUUCUUCUCACCAAAGGUCAAGACCUGACCUUGACCUUCAACAACCUGACCUUGACCUUCCAGACAGCAUGUAGGGGUGCAACAAUGCGGAAGGAUGCGAUACACAUCAGGAUUCACUGGCCAUGAUAUGAAUCAUAUCUAAAGACACUGGCCAUGGUACAAUAUGUAUCAAGUUACACUGGCCACGAUACAAUACGUAUCUCAACAUGCCAAACAAUGCCAACAAACUGGACCUUCCUUGUUCACUGUCCAUCCCAAAUGUAAUGGGGAAGCCAAAAGCUCAUAUUUAUCCCUGCCUUCUGCCUUGUUUAGCCUGUGUGUGAAGCCCUUAGUUUCUGGGCCCACUUGCACAAAGCAAUCUUAGCGCUAAGACAAUUGUAGGCCUAUGUUAAAGUAUGGGAGUUGCAAUCAUUUGCAAUUGUUUAGCCUGUGUGUGAAGCCCUAAGUUUCUGGGCCCACUUGCUCAAAGCAAUCUUAGCGCUAAGACCAUUGUAGGCCUAUGUUAAAGUAUGGGAGUUGCAAUCAUCUUAGCGCUAAGAUUCCUUUGUGCAAGUAGGCCCAGGUGUUCCUGUUAGCUGGGAUUAGAAUGAACAUGAUCCAGUGAAUAGCAUGUGAAGUAGACAACUGUUGAACAUGUAUAACCAGUAUACAGCUGGGUGCCGUUGUACGAAGCGAUCUUAGCGCUAAGGUGGUCGUAGCUCUCAUACAUUAACAUAGACUUACGACAGUCGUAGCGCAAAGGUUGUUUUUUAUGAUUCCCUGGUAUAACAAGCGGCUUAUUCUUUUAUUAAGUAAAUAAACAGACAUAUUUUGUGUUAUGUUUUGCGAUACAUGUCUGUAUGUAUUCUGUAUCGUAUUGAAGGCCACGUAUUGUGGUGCGUGAGAGUUUCAAUGAAUCGUUUCACCCUUACGAACCUGGCAUUGCGAUGAACCCUCGCCAGGGAUGGGAAUUAACCGUCUUCCUCGUGCUGAUAUUGAAUGUCG